CAUCCAUCUUACACGUUACACGAACCCACCGACUAACUGCUUUGUCUGGAUCUUUUCUCUCUCGUUCUGGUCGAGGCGACCAAACCCAAAACAGAACGCUUCAAAAAUCCGUUGGCGUCCCACAAACCACACACACACGCCCACACACCACCAAUCGAUCCUUUAUCUGCAGCAACACAAUAGCCACAAAGAGGACCAUUUUACAAUCUCAUAUACCGGUACUCAUCAACAGUUCAGCAAACAGUUCAAUAGCAAUAGCAAUAGCAUUAGCAACACCAAUACAGUAUGACAGCCCAACCCGAGUCGAAACAACGCCCUUCCAUUCAAUUGCCCGAAGUCUUUCCCACCCAAAAGGCGGCCAUGGAAAGCUGCGACGCCACCGACAGCAGUUCCUCGUCGUUGCUGGCAUCUUCCGCUGGAUCCAUUCUUCGCGUGGCAACACUGGAAGAGUCCCUCUCUCACUUUGACAUUGAUCGCAGUGGUCGACUCGAGGAAGAAGAGGAAGAAAAAGCUCCACCAGCCCUCAAUGACUCGUCUAGUAAGAACAACAAGGUGACGUUUACGGAUGUGGUCGUUCGCGAGUAUCCCAUUUGUUUGGGAGAUAACCCCGCCGUCAUGAUUGGUGCUCCAUUGUCGAUUGGUUGGGAAGUCCAAUCGGAAGGCAAACUCUCGUUGGACGAUUACGAAUCGUCACGUCCCGAUCGACGACGCAGCGAAGAACUGCGCAUUCCGUCGUUUGUUCGAGAAACCAUGCUCAAGAGCAGCGGUUACUCCCGGAUGGAUAUACAAAAGGGCGUCAAGGAUGUGAACAUUUCCCGGAAUCGUCGCAAACGCACCAACGAGACGCAUCAACUGUACAAAGCACAAGAAUUGGCGGAACGGUUGGUACGCGCGUCGUUGAAUGCCACCGUACGACGCAGUCAAAAGAAACAAGAAAAGGAUCUCAUUCAACAUUUUCGACAAGAAGCGGAAACACUCCGGACGCAACACAAGGCUACUCGACGAUCCACGUGGCAUGCGGCGGCGGCUCCAGCAACAGCGCCUGUAGAAGCUACUCGAUCGGAACGAAGAGGGACGUGGCAUGCCGCUGCAAUCACGAGUCCAACUGCUACCAUUGGAGCAUCUGCAGAAGUUUAGUUCCACAAACCACAACGUUUUAUGUGGUCUGUUUUUCGUUCCAUUUUGAUGAUGAUACAGCACUUCUACCACCGUUCUACCUACCUUUUUUGUGGGAUCCACUGGCUGGCCCCCACCACUUUUGGUAUACAUUUUCUUACCUACAUUUUGUAACACAAUUUUUCUACCCAAUCAAUAUGCUCAGUAACUGUUAACAAGACGACUACUAGCUAGCUAUUGACAGCUUUUACUUCACAAUGCGUACCUACCCGUAGCUAGCUACAGUGUAUUAUUCAAAGCUACUUCCAUUUUCCAAUAGUGUAGAUAUCCAAUGCGCCCACUUUUAGAGGACACAUUGUAAAAAGCACCCCGACAUGGUAGCCCGAAGAAAAGCUUGGGC